AUGACAGUCUCGUACAAUUUGGACGUCUCGUCGGUGUCGUUUCUCAAUUUUUUCAAGGUCCUGUUUCGCUGGCGCGGCUCAGUCUGGAAAUCAGUGUGGACCGAACUCCUCCUCUGGAUAAUGCUCUACUACAUCGUUUAUUGCACAUAUUGGUAUACAUUAAGCUCAGCGGGACAACAAAUAUUUCGCGAGUUGGUCCAACCAAUCAGCGAUCAUCUUGACCAAUGCGUUCCUCUCACCUUCAUGCUCGCGUUCUUCGUGACAGUGAUCGUCGAUCGCUGGAAGAAUAUAUUUGCGAAUAUUGGAUUCAUCGAGAACACGGCGCUAGCGAUCGCGACACUAAUUCGAGGCGAUUCGCCCGAAAUCGUGCUCUCGCGACGAACAAUCAUUCGAUAUUUGGUGCUUUCUCAGGUUUUAGUGUUUCGCGACAUUUCGCUGAAAGUUCGCCGACGAUUUCCGAACACGGAUUCGAUCAUCAAAGCGGGAUUCAUGCUUGAGCACGAGGCGAUUGAGCUGGACGAGGUCAACUGUGUGUACAACAAGUAUUGGGUGCCGAUCAAUUGGGCGUCGGCGAUUUUGCACAAAAUGUUCGCGGAAGGGAAGAUAACAGCUGCUCCACUAUUCAAUUCGGCAUGGCAGGAGAUCAAAUCAUUCCGUUCAAAUAUGGCCCUUCUUUGCAAUUUCGACUGGGUUCCGAUUCCUCUCGCUUAUCCGCAAGUAAUUUUUGUCGCUGUUCGAUUCUACUUCUUCAUGUGCCUCUUCUCGCGCCAACAUCUUGAUCAUCAAGUCGUCUCGAUCGAUCUCUACUUUCCAUUGCUUACCGUAUUCCAAUUCAUCUUCUUUAUGGGAUGGCUGAAGGUCGCCGAAGGCCUUCUGAAUCCGCUUGGUGAAGACGACGACGAUUUCGAAUGCAAUUUUCUGAUUGACAAAAACAUUGCGACGGGAAUGGCGAUUGUCGACCAAACGUACGAUCAUUUUCCGGAAAUGCGACAAGACAAAUUCGCCGAGCCGGAAUUCUCGCCGUUUUAUCCGGAAAAAGUGAUCAACACCGGAACCGAUCACGCGCUCGUCGGAUCCGCGCAAACGGUCACAUUGGCUGAACCAAAUGAUAAUAUCGACAUGAUGAAGGUCGAUUUGAACUCGCAUCUUGUUAAAGGAAUUGAAAGGAAACCAUCAACGUUCCGACGGUUGAGUAGCGCAUUCGGAGGAAUGAGAGCUCGUUCACAUUCCGUUCAACCGGCGACACCGGUGAAACUUGAGCCGGAAUCACCGUUCUCUCAGUCGCUGUGUCCGCAGAGGCCAUACGGGGCUUUUGAGCUCUCGAAUGGAUUUAAAUCAGCGUUCCAAAACUCGUAUUCUCAAAGCCAUUUGCCGAAACUCGUCGAAGAAGAUGGCAUUUCUGUGAAAAGCCACGUGUUAGACGAUGAGGAACCGCCGAAAAAUAAACCGAGUGUCGAUUCCGAAUUGGGACCAUCGACGCCGUUGCCGUUUGAUUCUCACAUCACCGACGAUCUCAGAAAAAUGAAAUUUUAA